AUGAGACACCCUGAUAUUUUGUCGUAUUUAGAUGGUGUGGAGACAGAACAAAGUAUCAUGUUUGUUACAGAACCGGUAGAACCAUUGUCCAACCAAUUAAAACAAGACCCUGAUAACAAUUUACUAUUAUGGGGAUUGUACAAAGUAGCCAAUGCUAUCAAAUUUUUGAACGAGGAUUGUGAUAUGGUACAUGGAAAUAUCAAAGUUGCUUCGAUAUUCACUAAUAAAGCAGGAGAGUGGAAGCUCGGAGGAUUCGAAUUAUUAUGUAGCAUGAAGGAGGAAAGCCCCAUCAUUUUGACAUUUGGUGGUUUGGUACCUGAAGCACAAAGAUAUGCUACACCUGAAGUUAAAAAAUCCGGUUGGACAGUAAUUAAAGAAUUACCUUCUGGUGCGAUAGAUUCCUAUCAUUUAGGUUGCCUUAUUUACGAAACAUACAAUCACCGUUUUGAAACAACGGAGUCACUUUUGUUACAGAAAGGAAACAUCCCUACCAGCAUGCAUCGCAUUUAUACAAAUUUAGUCAACCCUACCUCGCGCAACAGAGCCAGCGCAGAUAUGUUUUUAGACGAAGGUCUUCGACCGAAAGGGUUCUUUUCUGCAGAUUUUGUUAAAGUUAACUUGUUUUUGGAAAAUAUCAGUAUCAAAGAUCAAAGUGAAAGAGAAGGAUUUUUCAGAAAGCUGGAUUCUUGCAUCGACACCUUCCCUAGUGAAUUCUCAAAGCAUAAGAUACUGCCAGAGCUUGUUAAAGCCUUUGAAUUCGGAUCAGGAGGCGCAAAAGCCUUGAGCGCAAUGUUAAAAGUAGGAGAGCAUUUGGAGGCCGAAGAAUACCAGUCAGUAGUGAUUCAGCCAAUUAUUCGUAUGUUCGCUUCACCUGACCGUGCUAUUCGAGUCAGCCUUUUGGAUAACAUGUCAAAAUUUGUCGACCAUAUGACAAACAAGAUGGUGACAAACCAGGUUUUCCCGAACAUUGCAACGGGUUUUACAGAUACAGUACCUAUCAUUCGAGAACAGACAAUCAGGUCGAUUUUACUUAUCGUCCCAAAAUUAAGUGAUCGUAUUGUAAACAACGACUUACUAAAGUAUCUUGCCAAACUGCAAAUGGAUCCUGAGCCAGGCAUCAGAACAAACACGACUAUAUGCCUUGGGAAAAUAGCGAAACAUUUAAACGACAGUACAAGGAAGAAAGUUCUGGUGAAUGCAUUUACCAGAAGUUUGAGGGAUGGAUUUCAUCAUGCUAGGGUGGCAGCAUUGAUGGCGCUUAAUGCAACAUCUGAAUUCUACGAUGCGCAAGAAUGUGCAACUAGAAUUAUACCAGCUGUCUCUGCAGUUCUGUUGGAUAAAGAAAAGGUUGUUCGUGACCAAGCAUUCAAAGUAAUAAACAGUUUGCUCAAAAAAAUAGAAGAUCAUGCAGACAAAAUGCCUGAAACUGCAAUAGUAGAUAAGCCUGCAACUCCAGUUAAUGGUGACAACUCAGUAAACAGUAGUAAAAUGGCUAGUGUUCUUGGUGGUGCCACGAAAGGUAUUGCUGAUUGGGCUGUAUCCUCACUGCAAUCUAGGUUCGCUUCUCCAACUGGAGAAAUUGCAAAUCCUGUCAGUAAGAGCCCUUCAGCAACUUCUCCAACGUUGAACCAAGCGAUUACCCCUGACAAAGUCAGCAUCCCAUCUGCAAGUUCAACGUCACUCGGAUUUAAUUCACUGGAUACCAAUGAUGAUAUUGAAGAUACUACUGGGUGGGAUAAUGAAGAUAGUGUUCCAUUUGAUGAUUUCAGUGAACAGGAACAAGCGGGCAAUUUCAAAGAUGGAUGGGAAAAUUUUGAUGAGACAGAACCUGCAAUAACACGGCAUGGCAACACUCCUAUAUCGUCGUUUGGAUCCUUCUCUGGACCAGCAAAUAACUUUACUACUUCUUCAAGUAGCAGGGCCAAUGGAUCUAUGAAGCUUGGGCAUAAGGCGAAAACACUUGACUUGAAUGUGGACAAGGAUAUUGAUGACUUUGUCACACAAAUUGCUACAGAUAGUAAAAGAUCUUCGCCAUUAUCUUCCAUAUCAAGUAAAGAUAGCAGAAAGGCGGAAUUGGAGCGAAGGCGAGAAGAACGAAGACAGCGUAUGGCUGAAUUACGUGAAAAGAAGAAAGCCGGAACUGGUGGCCUUGGUGCAAAAAAGACUACCUAUUCGCUGGGAACGCUACUACUACCAACACCUACUGACACAAUACCCCGCACUACAGACGAAGAUAGCGACGAGUUAGAUUUGUACCAGUUCUGGGCAAGUAACUGUCGAAAUAGAGAUAAAUUAACCAGCGAUGACAACGUUCGCAUUGCUGCAACUGUUAACAAUUUAUGGAAGACAGUAACUCAAACCGUUAAUUGUGGAGGUGGGCACGCCAUCACUGUUACUCGAACUAUAAAUGCUCAGCCUACAUCCACAUCAAUAAAUCGUUCAAGCAAAAACAGUAAAAGAAUUGAAAAGACAUGCUCAGGACAAUGUUGGUCAGACUACUUAUGGCAUACAUAUGGAGACAGUAUAAGCCCAGCCCAAGGCUUUACAGCCACAAUGACUUGGAUUGGGCUAGUGAAUAACGAACCUGCCGGGGGAUAUCCAUUGGGAGAUGUAAUAUACAUUUGCGUAAGUGCUGGCUUGGGAUUGAUGGGUGCUGUAUUUUUAGUCUUCUUGUAUCCACUGGGUGUUUAUUGUCUAGCCUGUCUCGGGGGAUUCUAUUUUGCUAAUGUUGCUCGUGUAUGCUUCAUUAUAGGUAUCUCUUUGCUCGGUCCUGUUAUUCUGUACUUUGUUGAAACGUAUAUGAUCCUGUUUGCUACUGCACUCAUGGGAGCGUAUCUAUUUUACUUCGGUCUUGAUUUGUUCGCUCAUACUGGCUUUAUCAAUCCUUGGCUGCUCAUCUUCGACGGCAAUCCACGCCAUAAAAAUAUGUAUCUUAUGAGUAAACCUAUUUACAUUAUGCUAGCUUUUGUUAUCAUCAACACAUUAAUAUCUAUCGGCUGGCAAUAUUAUUACAAUAUAAUAUGUUUAAAAGCAGGAUUCGGUCGAAAUCCAAAAGUUGAAAAGCAACCAGAAGAUGAGAAGAAAAAGGCAGAAGGAGGCGAAGCAGCAUGUCCUCCGCCUACAGCAUACAUGUGCGUACCUACUCCGCCUCCUCCCUAUUGCCCACCCCAGCAGCCCGUAUUUAUGCAAAAUAUUGCUACGGCCGCAAUGCCUUAUUACCAACAUCAGCAAUAA